AAUAAAUUUAGGCGGUAUUAUAUAAGAACAAUACCUUCAAAAUUCUGCAAUCGUAAAAAAAAUAUUAAUUUUAACUUAAAGAAUUCGAAAUGUCCAGCGACCGGUAACAAUUGAAAAACUGCUUUGAAUGUUCCCCUAUCAACCCCUCCUUGGAACACAGGGAAUUUCCCAAUUUGCCGCAAUGUGAACACUUUCGGAGUGCGCCUUCUCCAUCCUGCUUGUCCCGUUCGUCCUGCUCGUGGUUUUCGGGACUCGGUUAACAUCGGAACGGUUACUUCAGCGAAACGGCGGAAACAACAAUACGGAAAAGCUCCGGCCUCGGUUGCCGCAGUCUCACAUGAAUUCCAAGUCGCGGCGCACGUGUUUGGUCCUUUGGCGGGGCUUCAACAUCGAGUCCUUAUCGCAGAGUGUAAACCAGCCAUCGCAUCGCAUCGCAACGCAAGGAUAACUCGUAGUUGCCGCUCUCGUUUGCGGUGUUGCGGUUUCUCGCGGAAGGCAACUUUUAAACGCCGUAGAACCACGUUUCGCACGUUUUUCCGAGUAGUGGGUGACACUGAAAAGGCAAAGGGGAUCGAUCGGGUUCGAUUUCAUUGAAUGUAAUGUGAUUAAGGGAAAGUGAAGUUCUCAAUUGGAGGCCGCUUUAUGCGGCCAGUGAAAGAUAUUGUCCACAAGCCAGCCAGCAAUUAAACAAAUUCAAUAAAUUACUGACAAACUCAAUUAAUGAAAGUACAACCCAAAAAUGCACUUCAAAGACGAUUGAGAUUGUUCUUUACCAAAACACUUGCAGUAAUGUGAGCCAAAGUACCUGCAGUGAAGGUGCAAAAUAACACUCAAGUAGUCCUUGAGGAGAAUAAUUAUAUAUAAAUAAAGUCAAGCACAACCAAAUGGGCAAAAGUACGAUGGCGAUGGAUGGGAAAUCCUUCGGCUGCAUCUGUACGCCAAUCCUCGUCAUAAUGAUAAGCAUUUCGAGAGCCUGGACAAUGCAGCAACAACACUUGAGUCCUGCCAUCCAACAGCAUCCUGGAGUUAAAUCAUUAUCUCACAUUGUGGACGGAAAUAACAACCUGUUGCCAAUUGUUUCUGCGCCAUCGACCAACGACAACGAUUACGUUUACAUUGCUUCGGUCAACAGCAAAUUUCCCCAGUUCGGAAACGCUUUGGACGAUGACCAGGAUGCCGAGGAGCAGCAGCCAGAUGAGACCACCUAUCCGCCGCCAGUUUUUGAUUUCGGGAUGCCGAGGAAUAUCACAACCAGGACGGGACACACGGCGGCCAUCAAUUGCCGCGUGGAAAAUCUGGGAGAUAAAUCGGUAUCCUGGAUACGAAAACGCGAUUUGCACAUUCUGACUGCAGGCAUUUUGACCUACACCUCUGACGAGCGUUUCAAGGUGGUGCGUACCGCCGACUCCAAGGAUUGGACAUUGCAUGUGAAAUAUGCCCAGCCACGUGACAGCGGCAUCUACGAAUGCCAAGUGAAUACGGAGCCAAAGAUUUCGAUGGCAUUCCGCCUGAAUGUCAUAGUAACGCCGCCGGAUGCCAAGGCGAUUAUUGCCGGGCCCUCGGAUUUGUACGUCAAAGUGGGCAGCAGCGUGACACUCACGUGCCUCGUGAAGCAGCCAACGUCGACGGCCCAGGACAUCGGGCCCAUCUACUGGUACCGCGGCCCCUACAUUCUCACCCCCUUCGUGGCCCAUCCCAAUGACGCAGCCAUCGAUUUGCAGCGCAUCUCCAUGGAGUCCACGCUCGCCGAGAAGCUCCAGAGCAGAUUACGCAUUGCGAAUGCCCAGCUGCUGGAUACGGGCAACUAUACGUGCAUGCCGACCACAGCGGAAGCGGCCAGCGUGGUGGUCAACGUCAUCAAUGACGAGAGUCCUGCGGCGAUGCAGAAAAGCGCAAGUGACAGGAGUCGCUGCCAUCGACGACUGGUGCUCCUUUUGGCCUUGGUCGCCAGCUCGGUGGUGCGGUGGCUCAUCGGUGGUGGCUGCCACCUGGAGAGAAGCAGCAACAGCUGCCACAUUUCCUGCUCGAAUUUAAGCACUCUGCAUAUCAAUUACUGCAACCUGCACGCAAAAAUCACCAGCAACUCGAAGCCGCAUCGGAAUUUAGCCGAAUCAUGAUAAUUAAGUAGUGGCCACUUUUAAGCAUCUUGUAUAUAAACUGAAUUCAUAGUUAAGCAUAAUUAAUUGUGUAAAUCCGGAAAGUGGAGAAUGGAAGAUGGGAAAACCGUUGUACUGUAAAAUCGACCGAAUAAAUAGUUUAUCUCCAUGCUUCACCCCUUUUGUUACGAAUUGUUUGUAAAACAUUUCAGCUCCCCGCUUUUAUGCAGAAUUCAAGUGGUUUCCCAUCUGGCAUACAGUAUACAGUAAACUAUAAACUACAUUUAAUGCUAAUUUUUAUGCCUAGCGUAAAAAUUUAUGUAACAAUAAAAUUAAAAGAUGGUGCCCGAGUAAUUAUCAAGUGUAACAUUGAACAUUAAACAAAUUUACGCCCGAUAAUAACAUACAUUAGCGAUAACAGAGGGAAAACAGCAUUGCAUUUUUAAUUUCAGAAUGCAAAUAUUAUUAUUAUUCGGGAAUUUUCUGUUAUUGCAAUUAGCUAAUUAUAUUUGUCACUGCGAAAACACUCGAAAACUAAUUGAAAUCAGUUCUCAUUAAAGCGACAAGUGUUAAAGAAAUUACUGUAUUAAAUUACGUUAUCAGCAGAAAAACAUGAAAAGCCCACAAUUAAUUUCACCUCAAUUUAGUUAUAGAUAAUCAGUCUGCAAAAGAGAACGAUUUGUAACCAUAUAUAUCGAAUUUCUCAAUGAGAAACAAUAAAAUGUAUUUUGUUGAAAUAAAAAACCUGAUUUUAACCACA